UUUGAGCCGUUUGAUUCAUCCGCCACUGGUUUUUUGGAGCCUGCACCGUUUUCUGGAUGAAUUGCGGGUGCCCAUGUGUUUAUUUUUGGCCUUUUGGUUUUGAUCGAUUGGAGGAUUUGGUUUUGCCAGUGUGUUGUCGAACUAGGCUGCGUUUGGACGGCGAGAAAAUGUUGGAAAAAGGGAGGAAAUUUCGAAUCUUGGAUUUCUUCUUUUUUAUAUUUUUAUUACUGUUACUACUAUUAUUAUUAUUAUUGGUUGGUAUGUUUAGCUGAGCUUUGAUUGGAUAUCGUAUUGCGGGAAUCGAAAUUUAAUUUUUGUUUUCUUGUCGUUGGUGUUUUCGGAGAGGAAAUGAUGGUUGUAUUGAUUGGUGUAGGAAAGUUUAGACUUUGGAUUUAUGAAAGUCUGGAAAUGGAUAUGUGAGUGGGAUUUGAUCAUAGCGUCAUUUGAGUUUUGUUGCUGAAAUGGGAUUAUAAUCGGCAGGUUGGCUGUGCUGGAAAAUGGAGGAGCAGACAGAAAAUUGAAUUAGGAAUCUUCAUGCUUUACGUUGCUUUGCUAUGAAAAUGAUGAAAACCUUGCCUCGAUGAAGCCAAAAACAAGUUGUUAUCUAGGGGUCCCGAAUAAUAAGAGUCUAAGGUUCAAAUUUUCAAAAUUCUCUGGUUGGCUUGUGUUCUGUAAACGAAAUUUACCAUAAUUGAUUAUUCUACCCAUUUUUAAAUAUUUAUGUUUUAUGGUGGUUGUGGUUUGACUUAUGCAUUGUCUUUAAUAUCUUGAUGUUUUACAAAAUUCAGUUCAUAUUUGAAGGUUUAUCACCCAUGCCUCUGUAUUGGUCAAUAUAUAUAAGAUGGACUUGUAGGCUAAUGAGUGAUACAUAAUCAAUAUGUAGCAUUGAGAAAAUGGUACUUGCUGUACCCUAAUUUGUUCGUGACAUAUUAUCUUGAUCCAAUUUUCCCUAAGAGUUAAGAGGAAAAAGAAAUGUAUGAUGGGGCUUUGGGAAACUGGGAAUCACAUUUUUGAAAUUCUAUUCUCUCUUCUGAAGGUUUAGAAACAAUGUAAGUAGGUUAUCAUGAAGCAUGUUAGCUCUCUCUCCUUUGCAUAUUCCUGAACUAAAAAAUGGAAAUUAGGAGUUACAAGUAUAAUUUUAAUAAAUUCUUAAAUUUUCAAAUGUAUUGUAGGUAAAAUACCAAGUUUAUACGCUUUCUCAUCCUGUGAAUGAAAAGCAAGAUUUUUGAAGCUUUAUAUUCAUGUACAUGUCUGUACAUCUAUAGGCAUAUGUGUUAUUUAUGUAUACGGUACCCUGUUAAUUUAUUCGUUUUUGUCUAACAAGUUUCAGAUUCUUUUGCAUAUUGGGGGUAGAACUUGGCGGUUGAUAAAUAGUAUGCUUUUCUUUUUAAGACUUCAGUGGUCCAGGAAUCUGAAGAACUAGAAAGAUGUUUUGAGAUAUUAUUUUGAUGCCUUCAAUCUAAAUGAAGACAGCUCGUGCAUGGCAGCUAGGCAUAAAAGAUAUGCUGAUAAUGUCUGGGUCACGCCAGCGCCCACAUUUAAAGAGGCCAAUAUGGAUAAUUGUGUUGGUUUCAUUGGUGAGCAUUUGUCUGAUUGGAGCCUAUAUUUACCCACCUAGAAGCUCGGCAGCCUGCUAUAUCUUUUCUUCCAGGGAUUGUUCCAUCUACGAGCAGCCUAUCCAUGUUCCUUCCAGAGAAUUGACCGAUGAUGAGAAUGCAGCUCAGGUUGUAAUUAGGGAAAUUUUGAAGAGCCCUCCUGUUCACUCAAAGAACCCAAAAAUUGCUUUCAUGUUUUUGACCCCAGGAUCAUUACCCUUCGAAAAGCUGUGGGAUAGGUUCUUUCAUGGCCACGAGGACAGAUUCACUGUCUAUGUACAUGCAUCCAGUGAAAAGCCAGCACAUGUGAGUCGUUAUUUCAUUGGGCGAGAUAUUCGCAGUGAGAAGGUGAUUUGGGGCAAAAUUUCAAUGGUUGAUGCAGAGAAGAGACUUUUAGGACAUGCUCUAGAAGACCCCAACAACCAGCACUUUGUCCUGCUAUCUGAUAGUUGUGUCCCCCUGCAUAACUUUGAUUAUGUGUAUAACUAUCUGAUGUUUACAAACAUCAGUUAUAUUGACUGUUUUGAAGAUCCUGGUCCACAUGGAAAUGGCAGGUAUUCAGAUCAUAUGAUGCCUGAAGUUGAAGUUAAGGACUUCAGGAAGGGUGCACAGCAAAUUGAUUGCCUUGAAGCAGUCAUCAAUCAUUCUCAGAACCCACUAAUCAUGUGGUUCUCCAUGAAGCGGCAGCAUGCUAUAAUAGUUAUGGCAGACAGUCUCUACUACACUAAAUUCAAGCUUUACUGCAGGCCAGGUAUGGAUGGGCGGAAUUGCUAUGCAGAUGAACAUUACUUGCCAACCCUUUUCAAUAUGAUCGAUCCUACUGGAAUUGCAAACUGGUCUGUGACACAUGUUGAUUGGUCAGAAGGAAAGUGGCAUCCAAAAGCAUACAGGGGUCAAGACGUCAGUUACGAGCUCCUUAGGAAUAUUACAGCUAUUGAUAUGAGCUAUCAUGUCACAAGCAAUGAAAAGAAAAAAAUGAUGAUUCAACCUUGUUUAUGGAACGGAGUGAAGCGGCCUUGUUAUUUGUUCGCAAGGAAAUUUUACCCAGAAGCUCUGGAUAACUUGCUGCAUCUCUUUUCCAAUUAUACAACAGUUUAAGCAUUGCCCUCUCAUUAUUAUUCUUUUGGUCGGAUCAACCUCGUUCGACUGCAAGCCCUCUCACCUCAUUUCUUGGUAUAUAGCAGUUAGAAUGUUGUAAAGUAGCAGAUUACGGAUUCCAGUAUGCCGCCGGGCAAAAAUGUUUUUGGCAGUGGAAGAGUGAUCAGCUGAGCAAUUAGGGUUUUGCUUGAAUAGGGGACUUGGAGGAUGCUGCCAGCUUUGUUUCCUACUGCUGCUUCCUCCUCUUUGGGUGACUGUUUUUGGCAGUUUGUCCACUUUUAUUAUUAUUUUUUUUUACCCCUACAUUUUGGUCUAUUUAUCUUAUUCAAUGUCAAAUGACUUGAAUCUUAUUUUACACAAAAUAAAAAAUAAAAAAUAAAAAAUAAAAACUAAUGUCAUAUGAA